AUGGCCUCCGGACUUGUCCUUCGCUGCUUCCGACCAUUCCGGCAAGCCGGACGUGUGACAUGCCAAGGAUUCGGAGUCGAUUGCGCUUCGCGUCGGUGGAAGGCAGUUCAACCCUCUGCAAUACCUUCGUCGAAAACAGAGCAACCCGAUAUUGAUUGGACAGCCCUUUCAGAAGAAGAUGCCGAGCUGUUCGAGUCCUUGCAGUCGGCGGUGUCAGCUCUGGGUGACGAGGCAGAUCAUCCGAUGAUUGAGGUUCGCGACAAACUGGCCGUUGCCUUUCGAGACAAAGCUGCCUUGCUCAAGCGCAACUGGACAGAUGAAAUGUUCCAAGAAGGCCAGCAUCUGAAUGAAGAGAAAGUUGCUGAGAUAGAGGCUGCAAUGGCAACGGAUCUGGGUAGUUUUGGCGGCGGAUUGCAGAAUGGUCAGAAUCUGGGAAAUGCAUUGGAUCUUGUAGGUGCGUACAUGAAGAACUACAAGCUUGAUAAAGCGGAUGCAGUGUUGGCAAAAUGUGGUCCCUUCGUGUCGCACCGCGGCGGUGUUUGGAUGGUCAAGUGGCUCAACCACGUUUCAACGGUGCGCAUGAAGCAAAGCCGACACUUGGAAGCCCUGGAAAUGCUCUAUGACCUCGAAAUGUACAGUCCCUACAAUGCGCAGGAGGCUCCCGAGUUCUUUACAACGCUGUACCGGAAUCAGGCUUGGGCCUUGAAAGCCCUGGGAAGAGUUGAAGAGGCGGCGAUGUACUUCAACAGGAUGGCUUCGGCGUCGAAGCACUCCAAGGGGGACCUGGACUGGUUUGACAAAUGGGACCUUGGGAAAGUCGCUGCGGCGCGAGCUUGGCGAGAUGGUGACAUGAAGGCCUUCUACGUGGCUCGAUCGCUGGUAGAGGAGGCCCUGGAGCUUCAAAUUCUGCAAGAGCCAGAUGAUUUGGUGAUGAGAGCCAAGGUCCACGACUCCUUGGCGGAGUGCUUCCUGAUCGUCAAGGAACAUGCGAAAGCCGACGAGCACUAUUCAGCGGCAUACAAGCUGCUGCUCGAGACAGUAGGCAAUCAAUCACCCCUUUUUGGCAAGCAAGCUCGACACUUGGCCAAUCUGCGCAUAGAGGAGGGACGAUACGCAGAGGCCUUGCCAUUGCUCAGUGAAGCCUUAGAGGUGGAGUCAAGCAAGGAUGCGGUCAAUGUAACGGAGUUGUUGGAGCUGGUUGAUGUCAUGGUAAACGCGCAGCAGCGCUCAUCGGCUGAUGCAAUGCUUGGCUCGCCAUCAAAUCACUCUGCCAUCAAGCGCCUACAGCAAAAUAUCAAAUCUCGCAGCCUGGAUGAGUCGAAGGAAUUCGCCGUGCUUUGCCACAAGCUUUCUCUGCUCUACCUUCAUGAGGGGCAAGUCGACCCAAAUGCACUGAGGAGCUUUAGACGUCCAUGGCACAGCUUGUUACACUACUUCUGUCCGCUCGACGAGUGCAGCAGAGGAGAGCACGGAGACUCGCCAAAGCCGCAGUUUCUCGGCUGCCCUAAGAUUCUUGAGAGAUUUCUGUUGUCAUGUCAUCGGUCUAAGCGUCUAAGCCGAUAA